AAAAGAACAAAGACGAAUUGUUUCAUCAUCUACCCCUCUUUCUUUCCCUUUUUUUUUUAAAUUUUUUUUUUUAUCAAAGAACUAAAAAGAAGGAACAAUGGACCCAAAUUAUCCACAACAAUACCCACCUCCACCCCAGCAAUUCGCACAGCCACCACAGGGCUAUAAUUACAGUACACCACCACCACCACAAUAUUAUCCUCCAUCAUCUGAGCCACUUCAGCAAGGUCAUCAAAAUCAACAAUACAACACAAGUGCAGGUUAUGCAGAACUAGGCGAAGCACCACUAAAUGCUAAUGAUAAAAUCCGGCCUUCGAGUGGAUUUAAAGAUGUUUGGGCUACUAUAUUGUGGCUUUGCAACAUGGCUGGUUUUGUCGCAUUAUCCGUGAUCGGAUUACGUAGUUUUUCGUCCAACACAGGAUCCGGUAAUGGCGGUAGUGGUACCACACCCAAUACUGGAUCUGGAAUUACAUUCGAUACAGACACUGUAAAAAUCUUUGGUUAUUCGGCUAUCAUUGGUUUUGUUAUUAGCUUUAUGUAUCUAAUUUUAGCAAAUUUAAUUCCUGGACCGUUGAUUUGGAUAACUUUUGUGGGCAGCAUCGUAUUAUAUCUUGGUGUAACAGCUUACUAUUUUUAUAUGCAAUACUAUUCUGGAGCUAUCAUUUUCCUCAUUUUUUCCGUGUUGUACAUCUUUUGUUUCUGGUCAUGGAGAGAUAGAAUUCCUUUUGCAACAGUCAUGCUGAAGUCGGUUACUGCCAUUACUCGUAAGUAUUCAAGUACACUAGUCACUGGUAUCAUCUCGCUUGUGCUUCAAACAGUGUAUUCUAUUUGGUUUAUGAUCACUGUAGUUGGCGUAUAUCAAACAUAUUAUGAUAGCUCAAGCACACAAACAAACUCCAAAUUAAAUGCAGCCAUGGUCUUUCUGGUAUUUUCCUUUUACUGGACAUCUCAAGUUAUUUCUUACGUCACUCAUGUUACACUAUCCGGCGUAUUUGCAACUGUCUACUUCCUGAACAAUCAAAUUGCCCAUCCCAUCUGGGGAAGCGCAAAGAGAGCCUUGACCACCAGUUUUGGCUCCAUCUGUUUCGGCGCUCUGUUAGUCGCUCUUAUCAAUACUCUUCGUUAUUUCAUUCAAGUUGCUAGAUCCAGCUCCGAUAACCCGCUCCUUAGCUUUGCUCUGUGUAUCAUCGAAUGCAUUGUGUCUUGUAUUCAAGGAUUAUUUGAGUGGUUCAACCAAUAUGCUUUCAGUGGUGUUGCAAUUUACGGUCAAGGAUUUGUUCCUUCUGCAAAGCGCACUUGGUCUAUGAUUCAAGAUCGUGGUAUUGAGGCUAUGAUCAACGACAACCUGAUUGGAAACGUUUUGGUGAUGGGAUCUUUACUUGUUGGUAUCCUGUCUUCUUUGUUUGGCUACAUUUAUUUAUUAGUAGUGAAACCAUCCUAUAAUUCUACUGGUAAUAUGACGCCAAUCGUCAUGUUGAUCUGUUUUAUCAUUGGUAUGUCCAUGUUCUCUACAGUGUCCACAGUUAUAUCUAGUGGUGUCACAACAACAUUUGUCUGCUUAGCAGAAGACCCCGAAGCAUUAAGGAGGGUCAACCCCGAGCUAUAUGAAGCUAUCCGUCGAACUUGGCCCCAGAUCGUACAAGGUGUCUGAAUAUGUACAAAUACGUGAUUAUCAAAUCAUGCAAAUAAAAUAAAUGCCGUAGUCACAUUACCUGAAUACCAUAAACAUAGAGAAUUGGAAUCGAAAAUACAUUAAAGGGGAGAGUGAGAUGACAAUGAUGGAGUUGGGCGAAGGGACAGUGCUAACAGGAAAUUGUGAUUAGUAUGAUCUUCAGGAGCAUAAUAACCCGAAAAGUUCGUAGCCAUUAAUUGGUUGUUAUAAAUUGAGUAAUAUAAAUAAUUUCUUUGGUGUGUUUAAAAAAAAAUACUAAAUUUACCACUGUAAUUCUUAUCGAGAGAAACCUGCC